CAGACUAAGACUUACCCUUGUUCAUCGAGAUCUGUCGUCGUCCUCGAGUCAGUUUUCUAAAUGAAGACUACAACAACACUACCAUUCGGAAUAAUCUCUAGUAGUUUUAGGUACAAAGUAGCAGAUACAACUUACUACAUCACAGGCACCACAGUCAAGGAACGAGACGUCAUUUGUUGUACAAUGAAAUUGUGGCAUCGCAGCUGCAAUCUCUUUUGUUACAUUGCAAAAUAGGUCAAGAUCGUUCGUAGUAAGAGUAAUGCAAGUACAAAGACCACGUUGUGGUUGUGCUAGUAUGUGAGUGCAACGUUAAACAUGUCAUGAAUGUACUAAACCAGUAGUACGUUGAUGGAUCGUCACCUAAAUUAAGUAAGACUUCAGAUCAUUUAUUUGACGUCUGGGACGAUGCCGUGGGGAUUUCAUCAUCAGCAGGCCGUUAAGGAAGAAAACAAAUCUCGGCUCUGCAAUUACAUAGUCGACACUCGUCAGUCGAUGAGUCGAAUCAAUGGUGACAUCACAUACUACAAGCAGUGCCGACAGAUGGACAACGCAGCACAUCGUAAUUCUUUACACUUUCCUUGGGCAUGUCUGGUACAAAAAAUACGUAGGAGCAGGACGCAGCUAGAGCUAAGUGACCACACUUGUUCUAGGACAUCCGCAACAAGCGAAGCCACAUUUUUCAUGGUUAUUCUUUGUUGUGUUUCUUGUCGCGCUAGCCGAUCUCAACUGAAAGCUAGCAAGUAUUAACCACCUAAUUUCUUCAUAUUGUGAAUUGUCCUCUUGUGCUUGUGAUCUUUUCGAAUUCAUCAGUUUUUGCCAUUAACUUCCUACUACAGCACUACCGAAAGUCCUGGCCAAACCUACCGAUGUUCCACGGGACCUGCGACAAGAACCAACAACGAAGGAGAUAAGGGAUAUGGGUCGACAGCUGUCCGACUACGAAAAACUGAAGAAGUAUUGCUUCAAACCCUAGCUUUAGAAAUCAACUGAAAUCGUCGACGAGGACGGACAUGGACACGCAGCCUUCUUGAGCACACCCGUAGAUGAUGGUAUUGACCUCGUGCUUAAAUGUGGUUGCACCUGUACUAGGCUGCAAAAAUUGUAGGCGACUUCUAGCAACCUCUCGGUGAUGUGCGUGAUGUUGAUGAAGCAAGGCCAUUACCUUUGCAGGUGUUUCCCUCAGAUUUGAGCCCCCUGAGUCCUGAUAAAAACUACGCUACAUCGAAAAAAUUGCAGCACCUACAUCUAUUCAAAACCCUGUACAUAGGAUUGGAAAAAAUUCCGGUUUGCGCAGGUAACACAAUGUGCACGUGGACAAAAAAAUCUAGGUGUUUGGAUCGUCGUUGUGGCAGCGGGCCUCCUUCAUCGUUAG